CUCAGUUUCUUCUGUCUGUGUGAAUUUCUUGAGGUUUUUGUGUUAUUUGUUUUAAGACAGGGUCUCACUCUGUAGCCUAAAUUGGCCUCAAAGUAGAGAUUCUCUUGCUCCUUCUUCCUCUAUGAAACUAGGUCUCGGGCUGGUGAGAUGGCUCAGUGGGUAAGAGCACCCGACUGCUCUUCCGAAGGUCAGGAGUUCAAAUCCCAGCAACCACAUGGUGGCUCACAACCAUCCGAUCACGAGAUCUGACUUCCUCUUCUGGAGUGUCUGAAGACAGCUACAGUGUACUUACAUAUAAUAAAUAAAUAAAUAAAUCUUUAAAAAAAAAAAAAGAAAAAAAAAAAGAAACUAGGUCUCACUAGCUGGUCUGGAACUCAGAGAACUCCACCUGCCUCUGCCUUCUGAGUGCUGGGUUAAAGGUAUGUGCCACUGCACCUAGCUUCUGGCUUACAAACAAACAAACAAACAAACAAACAAACAAAUGUCUAGGUGACGGAGAAGAGAAUAAGGGCGUAAUAAUCUCAAUAUACAUAUGAGGCUGCUAACUUGCUCAUCCUUCUAGGUUCCUUCAUGCUUUUUUUGAUGUUACCAUGCAAGAGAGAAAGCCUUAGAGUCAGGAACCUAAUACCAUGUCCAGGCUUAGGAAGGUCUUUAUUGAGUGAGUCAAAGGAAAAGAUGAAAAAUUAUUUCAGAAAAACCCCCAAGGGUUCAUUAAAUAUGAAACAGUGUCUCACACCACAGUGUGUCCAUAAAGUGACAAGUUGUACUGCCACAAAUUUGUCAUGCUAAGGAAGCUAUUUUGUCACUUAGGGUACCAUUUCGUCUGUGAAAAGGAGGGUGAAGCCUUCAAUCCUGUCCAGUUUACACUUCUUUGAGUCUAUUAAAUCAUUAAAAGCAUGAAAAAUGGCUCGAUAAAAAUUUCAAUUUUACUAAAGAGAAGCUAUCAGAAAAAAAUGGACAGUCUCAAUUUUUAUGCAUGAGUAAAUGAGUUUGUCAAACUACUCUGAAAACCGUAUUAGAUGUGGUAGUCAUUUCUGCUGUAGUCUAUCUCAGAUACUUCAACUUAAUCCUCGAUUAUGCUUAUCUGAGAUGACAAAUUUUUUCUUUUAUAAUUUUGCAUGCUGGGCAGUGGUGACACACGCCUUUAAUCCCAGCACUUGGGAGGCAGAGACAGGCAGAUUUCUGAGUUUGAGGACAGCGGGGCUAUACAGAGAAACCCUGCUCGAAAAACUAAAAAAAUGUUUUUUUUUUCAUAAAGUUCAUAAUAAUAUUAUGCUCUCAAGUCGCUGAGAGGCAUUAAAUUGAUCUCUUAUUCCUAGGCAUGUUUCUCCUUUUAAAGGCAAAGGUCACACUGUGUUUAGGGAGUCCUUGUACCUUUAGUGAUCUCUGUUCUUCAUGUCUCCUGUGCUGGGACAACAGGCUCCAGACACCACGCUGGGUUUUACUCCUAGUUUAAUAGAUAUUAGAUUAGGGGCUAAAGUUAGACCCUGGCCUAAGUUCUUGUUGCUAGUUUUGCUAGUUUAAGGCCAGUUAGUUCUUUAAAGUUAGGAUUUUUGUUUUUUUACAUAUUGACAGCCUUCCAGGUAUAUUAACCUCUCACCCAGUUUAGUUUUAGUGAGUUUAAGUUACUUGUACCCAUCUUCUGUCAAAAUCAGACCUUGUGGUUUCCUCUGCCCCACUGGGCCAACUCUACAUGAAAGCGACACUUUUUAAGCCACGCAGCAUAGGGGAAAAUCCACCUUUAUUGUCAAACUUGAGUUUCACAUUUUUUUCUGCAGAUACAAAGCCCCGACAUCUGAGGGGAGGGGGUGUCCAUGCAGAAAAAAAAUGAACACAACACUUGACCGCAUUAAACUCUGGCCACUUAGCACAGUUUCACUCAGAAGGACAGAUGCAAGCCUUGUCAGGACACACAGAAUGCCACACACCAAGUGACUCCAGGAACAACUGGCAGGGGCGCGCCGCAGGCCUACGUGGGCGGAGCCAGCCUCUGCGUCGUCAUAGAGCCGCGUCACUUUCCGCUCGCCGCGCGCGCCACCUCCCGCUCUAGAGCGGCAUUCGAGCCAAUUAGUUUUUGGCUGAACUAACUCCUCUGCCGCCGCGGGCUCCUCCGAGGCGCAUGCGCGGGGCGGAGCCCGCGCCUUUGAAUCUCCAGGCGGCUUUUGGGCUCCAGAGGCUGUGUGCUCGCCGAGGUUCUCUAGGGUGAAGAGAUGAACGUCAUUCCAUCUGUCCCGAUAGAUGUUUCCCACUUGAAGCUAAAACCUGAGAAUCUGCCCGAGAGCAUGUGCUGCCGAAUGGGGCAUCCAGUCUGCCUCUAAAUGAGUAUCUUACACUUUUACACAGCCUAGGCCUACUGUAGGCCAGUCAUCUGCUUUCAUUGCCAAAGCCUGAACGUGGAUACAGCGAUGGCAACUCAAAGGGUUACUAGAAACUCCCAGCAACAAAACAGAAUUUCUCAAGGCAGUAAUAGCCGUCAAACCAGUCUCUUAGACUGGAUGGUGAAAGACAAAUCAGGCAACUUCAAGAGUGUCUUGAAAGAAAGCAGUUCAGUGGAAGAUUCUACACGCACUGAUGAUCGAACUGAAGGUGCUCUGCAGGUAGCAGUAGGAUACUUCCAGAAAGGUCCUAAGAAAGCUUCACUAAGUAAAGAUAAGGUCUUGGAAAAACACUUGACAACUGUUGAAAAUGUGGCUUUGAGCAAUGGCUUAGCUCCAGAGGCAAUUGAUAUUUUACUGAAUGUGGCACUCAGUGGCAAGUUUGGGAAUGCUGUAAACUCACGGAUAUUGAAGUGCAUGAUUCCAGAAAGUCACAUAUCAGAAGAUUCCGUGCUUAAAGCAGUAUCCUGGCUCUGUGUUGACAAGUGUUCUGGUAAUACCAAGGUACUUUUUUAUCGUUGGUUGGUUGCGAUGUUUGACUUUAUUGAUCAUAAGAAGCAAAUUAGUUCUCUGUAUGGCUUCUUUUUUGCUUCAUUGCAAGAUGAUACUCUGUGCCCGUACGUUUGCCAUUUGUUAUAUUUACUGACCAAAAGGGAGAAUGUCAAACCAUUUCGUGUGAGAAAAUUGCUCGAUCUCCAGGCCAAAAUGGGAAUGCAGCCCCACCUCCAGGCUUUGUUGUCGCUGUAUAAGUUCUUCGCUCCUACUUUGAUUUCUGUAUCUUUGCCUGUAAGGAAGAAGAUCUUUUUCAAUAAUUCAAAAAAUCUGUGGACUUCAGCUUCCCUUGCUGUGAGGCUAAGGAACCAGGGAGCUUUUCCAGAACCUCUAAACCUUCCAUUACGCCCAACUACGGGCCGUUCUCUAAAGAGGAAAUGGAAUUCUCACUCAGUUAUACCAGCACUAAAUUCUGCUAACAAAGAAUAUGGAGAGAAGACGGCGAGUCUGUUUGAUUAUCUCAGCAGUGAAAGAUCACUUCCACUAGAACAGCUUCAACGUUUCCCUCAGCUUUUAGAGAGCAUCCAUUGUUUAGAGCUCCCUUCUCAGAUGUGCUCAGUGCUAAACAGCCCUCUGCUACUUCACUAUAUUAAUUGUGUCAAAGAUGAGUCAAUCUUACUGAGGAUCUCUUAUUGGUUGAGUCAAGCAUUACAAGAAGAAUGUGUGUGGUAUAAUAUAAAUAAUUAUGAACAAGAAAAGGAAUUUAUAAACUUUCUGGACCUGGUCAUCAGGGUACAGUGCUUCUUACAAGAGGGAUUUUACUCCUGUGAGGCAUUCCUGUAUAAAAGCCUGCCUCUCUGGGAUGGCUCCUCUUGUCGGUCACAGUACCUUCAGCUUCUGGCCUGGAUUCCAUUCAGUAGCUUCUCUGUGUAGUGUUCUUCAAAGUCUGCAAGAAUUACUGCAGAAUUGGCUGCUUUGGCUCUCUACGGAUGCGCAUGUGCAGCCCACGACAGA